GGUAAUAUACAUAUUCUCUUGGGCCUUAUCACUUGCUAAUACGGUCUUAAACAAAUAGUAAGAGUGAUUUUUCGCCACUAUUGUACUAGUAAGUACACGUAUAUUCACAUAUACAGUUAAAAUAUUAUACGAUGUGAACUUUUUGAAUCUUUUUUCGCUUCGCAAAUAAUACAUUACCUGCAUACUUACUAGUUAAUUUUAUUUACUAAAUAUGAAAAACACAACAGCUAAUUUACAACGAAGAAAUAAAAGCGGUCGUAUGGCAUUGACACCUUUUUCACUAAAUGAUUUGAAGAAUUCUAUGAUUGAACAAAUAAAAGGUAAUUUGGAUAUCCAGAAUACCAUUACAAACGUCAAUACAACAAAUAUACAACAAAUAAUAAUGAUUGGAAUAUCAUAAUCAUAGCAACAAAAAUCGCUGAAGUUUUAUUAGCUCCAGUUAUUGAAUAUUUAAACUCACGUUUGACUGUCGUUGAAUCAAAAAUGGAUGACUUAGAAAGAUAUCAUAGAACACGAUCAUUAAGAUUCUUGGGUUUUGAAGAAGAAAGAAAUGAAAUUAUUCCGAAUAAAAUCACAAAAUUUCUUAAUAAAAAUUUGAAUAUAAAUUUAUGUGAAGAUCAACGUGAAAACUGUCAUCGUAUUGGCAAACGUGUUCGUGGGAAAGGUCGUCCUAUUAUCGUGCGAUUUUAUAGUCGUUCACUUCGUCAACAAAUACUUCGUGCAACUUAUCUGUUAAAACAAAAUAAGUCGAAUGCAUUUAUCGUUGAAGAUCUCACUCGAAAAAACAUUGGAAUUAUUUCAUUCUGUCCGUGCCUCAUUGCCUGCUGA